AUGAUUGGUAAAUCUCGUAUUGGGAGAGCUCUACUUGAUCUGGGGAGUAGUGUGAACCUGCUCCUGUUUUUGAUAUAUGAACAGUUGGAUUUAGGUGAACUGAAGAAGACUACUGUGAUGCUACAGUUAGCAGAUGGAUCCGUAAAAGCUCCACAAGGCGUUGUUGAGGAUGUAUUGAUUCAGGUUGACAAAUUUUACUACCACGUGGAUUUCAUUGUUCUGGACAUGCAACAACUUGUUUCCACCAUAUAUCAGGCUUUUGUCAUUCUUGGGCGACCAUUCCUUGCUACUUCUAAUGCCCUGAUUCAUUGUCAAAGCGAAUUUGAGGAAUUUGAUGAAAAAUUGCCAAGAUCAGAGGGGCAGAUUCCAGAGAUAGAUGGUACCCCUCACGUGUUGAAUGCAAGUUACACAAGUAGUUGGCGUAAGCCUACAUUUAAGGCCAUCGAUUUGCCAGAAAUUAUGAAGUCAUCAUAA